UUUGUUCUACUUGGGUGGUCCGACUAGUCAAUCAAUCGGGUCAGUUAUGAUUUGAUAAAUAAAAUACACCGACAAUGUAAAUAAACUCAUGACAACACCAUAUUUGGACAGAAUUGUCGCUUAAAUACAAAGUCGUACCUAAUGUAAAGUAAAGCUUUCGAAAUCGACGAUACGUCUUGGAAAGUAACAGCGAAAUGUUGUAAAAGCCUAAAACAAAGUUAACAAUGGCGGCACAAGAAAGAUACCAACAGAACCUCGACGACCACCCACAUGCUCUGCCAAGAAGUAGAGGAAGGCAUCUGCUGGGGAAAGAGGGGGGUGAAGUCGGAGUGGGAGGAGGACGCCAUUGCCUCCGCAGCUGGUAGUGAAUGUGUGUGGGAUUCGGCGACUCGAGGUACGGACGCUCGCCCGGUUUGAGGACUACAAUGUCGGCUAAAAGGUGCUCAAGGGGACCCUCGGUGGAUAUAAGAGAUGGGGACGAGGAGGAGUAAGAUGUUCAGCUCGCUUGAACAGAGGGAGAAAAUUAGUCUCCCUGCCCUCUCCGGCGACCUCCCCCCUCAGCAUGAAUGCCAGUAGGAACUGCACCACGGUGGGCAACGGUGAGGGCCUGGCUGUGCUGGAGUCCGUCUCCAUCGUGACCAUCACCCUCCUGGCCUGCUUGGGCAACCUCCUGAUUGUAGCCACCCUGUACCGCCGCCCUUACCUUCUGACGCCCAGCAACAAGUUUGUCUUCAGCCUGACCCUGUCCAACCUGCUGCUGUCCGCCCUGGUGCUGCCUUUCGUGGCCGUCAGCUCGGCCAAGCGGGAGUGGGUGUUCGGCGUGGUGUGGUGCAACUUCACCGCCCUGCUCUACUUGCUCAUCAGCUCGGCUAGCAUGCUCACCUUGGGAGCCAUCGCCAUCGACAGAUACUACGCAGUGCUCUACCCAAUGAUCUACCCCAUGAAGAUCACAGGGAACAGGGCUGUGGUGGUCCUCGCCUAUGUGUGGUUGCACUCCCUGCUGGGCUGCCUGCCCCCCCUGUUUGGCUGGUCGUCCUUCGAGUUCGACUGCUUCAAGUGGACCUGCGUGGCUUCUUGGCACCGCGACCCGGCGUACACGGUCUUCUGGGUGGCCUGGUGCAUCCUGCCGCCCUUCUUUGUCAUGCUGGCCUGCUAUGGCGUCAUCUUCCGUGUGGCCCGAGUCAAAGCCCGGAAGGUGCACUGCGGGACGGUGGUGAUGGCCCCGGAGGACGCCGGCGGGGCGCAGAGGAACGGACGCAAGAACUCCAGCACCUCCACGUCGUCCAGCGGCAGUCGGCGGAGCUUGGUGUACUCGGGGAGCCAGUGCAAGGCCUUGGUCACCAUCCUGGUGGUGAUUGGGACUUUUCUCAUUACGUGGGGGCCGUACGUGGGCGUGAUUUGUACUGAGGCCUUGUUCGGACAAGGUAGUGUUUCCCACGGGCUUGAGACUCUAGUUGCGUGGCUGUCCUUCUGCAGCGCCGCGUGCCACCCGCUCAUCUACGGCCUGUGGAAUAAGACUGUGAGGAAGGAGCUGCUGGGCAUGUGCUUUGGGGAUCGUUACUACAGAGAGUCCUUCGCCACACGACACAGGACGUCCCGCCUCUUCAGCAUCUCCACCAGGAUCACAGAUUUGGGGAUGUCGCCUCACUUGACGGCCAUGUUGGCCGGCGGGGGGCAGCUUCUGGCUCCGGGGAGCAGCACUGGAGACACCGGCUUCAGUUUCACUCAGGACUCAUGUACAGACGUGGUGCUACUGGAUAACUUCUCCACGGAUGGCUCCUCCUAUCCGCACCAUCACAGCAUUCCGUCCGGGAAGAGGAGGAGCUCUGUCACCUUCGAAGACCAGGUGGAGCAUUCCAAAGCGGAGCAGAAAUCAUCUGUGCAGGUCCACGCUGAGGUCCACACGUCCCUGGACACCUUCGCUUCCUGCUUAGCCAAAACCAUAGAGAGUGACGUCAAGCUGACCCUAUUCGGGGACGCUCUCGCUCUGCCGGCGGGGCUCUGCACGGCGCGAGUGGCGCAGAGGCCCAGAUAUCUGGACGGUCAGAGACUGAGGCUGGAGAGCAUCGACGAAGGCAUCGUCAAAGAUGACAGAGACGACGAGGAGCGCCUCUCUCAGAUACAACCAUCCUGAUGUUGGCCGUUGUGCUCGCUUUUUGUCCGAUCGAUUGUUACUUUCACCUAGGCCACCAAGAUUGAAAAGUCAGGUGACACGAAUGUGGAUUUUAUUCAUUCCUACAUUCCACCAUUGCAGCAAGAUUGGUGCUUUUCCACCGCACAGUACCGGCUCAGCUCGGUCAAAAUACCAUGCCACAUUGAACAAAACACGCUAACAAACAAGCCUCCUGUAUUGACUCCACCACAAAAGGAGACAUUUUAUCCAAGAGGAGAAUGAAGGCAACAAAGCAUCCACGGGAAAGUGUUACAUUAUCAGCAAUAGUACCUGCUUUUACCAAUGGAAACACUUUAAUACGUGUGGGCAGGUAGAGGGGCUUAUUUGGCAUUAAGCAGUCUGAUGGCCAGGGGGAAGUAGCUGUCUCUAAACCUGGUUGUUCUAAAGCAGAGCCUUCUCCCCGAUGCCAGGCGAGAAAACAGUCCAUGCUGGGGGUGUGUGGGUAGAUCCGAUGGGCUCUUGAUACGCAGCGGGUGUUUGCCAAGCAGUAUAAAGUGGCAUAAUUGCUCGGAUUUAGUACAAAUGUAGAAUGUGUACUACUAUAUGACCGCAUAUGCAUGCGGUUCUGCUAGCAGCAGAACAACUAUUUGUCUCUCAAGCUUACUUUUUCUUUGUACAUUUGAAGAGGAUUACUAGCUUGUUUGUUUCUGUUUUGCAUACGGUUUACUGUAGCUGUGCGUUUGUUCUGUGUAUAUGUAGUACCUGCCGUCGGAGUUCAGCAAGGAACCCUGGGUGAAUGUAUAAGCAUUUAAUAAGCACAUCCACAGCGCUUCAGUCUUACCUCAUAUUUGUUACAAUUGAUUUGUUUGAAUGGUACUUUUUGUUUUUUUUAUAAGGAAAGUGACUGAAUUGUAACCUUUUGAUAUUUCACAAAUACUUGUAUUGAGUUUCUAUAAACGUAAACCAUGUUGCUUUGUUCAAUACUGCAGAUUGAAUCAGUCAAUUAGUAGAACGAGAGGAGCAGCACAUUUGUCACGCAGGCACCUAAUGAAAUGCCCUGUUGCUUUAUUUGUUUUUUAUUUCUUCAAAAUGCUGUAAAAGAUGCAUUUAUCAAUGUGAACACUCGGGGCGAGUUACAAUAGAUUUUGUUCUUUCUGC